AUGAAUGAAAAUGUGGGAAGAUUUUUAGAAAAAUUUGGAUUUCCCGGAGUAAUUGGAGUAGUGGAUGGUACACAUAUAUGUAUAACGCCACCUCAUAGAGAUAUCGAAGAAGGAUAUUUCAACCGGAAAGGUGAUUCAGGUUAUGGGUGUAGUCAAGUAUUAAUUACACCUAUACGAAAUCCUCCAGAAAAUACACCAGAAGCAAGGUUUAAUUCCAGACUCAAAUUUACCAGAUCAAUAGUCGAACAAACUAUUGGAGUUUUGAAGUCAACAUGUCGAUGCUUACGAAAAGAAAGAGGAUUACAUUAUCAUCCAGAAACUGCAGGAAAAAUUGUAAAUGCUUGCUGUAUCCUGCACAAUGUUCGAAAACAUUAUCGACUACCUGAUGUAGCUAUUGAUGAUGACGAAGAGCAGCAUGAAGAGCAAAUACCAAAUUUGAUGGAAAAUAAUAGAGAAAGAUAUGAAAUCAGACAGCAAAUAAUUAGGGAAUACUUUAGAUAA